ACAUCUCAAGCACAGACUGUAGGGAGAUAAGAACAGAGAUGGUAUGUUUGCUCUGUUCUCUUUCUCUCUCUCCUCUGCUGUCUCAAUAUCCCACCCUCUCCCUCCCAUCAUCACAGGGCGUUGCCUAGCUAAGCUGACUAUAACUCUACUGUAAACUCUCACUGAUCUCAUACACUCUUCAUUGAGUCUUGUGUUUCAGUUCCUGUCUCUCUCUCUACGUCCUGGUAAGUUCAAAUUUCACUAACUUUUUCUAACCUAUUUCUCCUCUCGCUGUUUUCUCGCGUUUUUUGAAGUUGCGCGAGUUUGAACGAACAUCCGAUAAAGUCGUUUUUUAGGGAGAUUAGUCUACAGAUCUCGGUUUUUGUACUCUGUGUAUCUCUAUUCUCGCACUUUCGGUGUGGUCUCUUCAGCAUGUAUUCUCGGCGGACUUGGGCGUAGUUAUUUACGCAGACUUUCCACUUGUGGCAUGUGGAGACUGGUCCACUCCUAUCUCCGCCUUGAGUUAUGUUACCCUUAAGUACAUCUCUGCAUACAUCGGUCUGUAGGUAAUACAUGAGAGGAGGAUAAGGGGAGAGGCAGAGAGAGUACAACCCUUUAGAUAAGGGUGUUUAGUUGUAUGACAAAAAAUGAUGUGUGAGAGCUGAAGAAUUUGCUUUGAGUGCCAGUAAAACCAACACCCACAUCCUCAUCGGACUGUAUGUAAGUUAGUCUUGGGUGAAGUAGACUCAGUGCUUUAGGAACAGCUCAGACUCUUAAAACAAGCAAUUACUGUAUAUAGUGAAGAAGAAUAUAGAUAUAGAAAAUAUAGAGUGCACAUGCAACGUUAAGGAAGCAAAAGACACACUUGGGAGUAGUCCUCAUCUGUGUUAAAACAAAAAAUAGGUGUGUCCUUUUUGUUGAUGAUGCCUAGUAACCAAGAUCAACAGAGACACUCAAUGCGGUGGAGUAAAAGGUGCAGUUUUGACCAGUGGCACAACAAUGUAAUAAGUAUAGUAUAGCUGAUAAGAAGCUGACUUUUUAACACAACAGCUUAAUAUAUUGUGCUGUUAUAUUUAACUGUACUCAGUGAUCCAUUAGUAUAAAGACUAACUCUGAAGAGAAUUUUAAAGUUGAAUUCACUUUUAUGUAAAAGUGCAUUAUAAUCUUAAUUUGUGAGGCAAAUAGUUAAAGAAAAAAAGCUUUAAUCUAUUUCUGAAACUUGAAAUCUGUUCAGUAUUUACUAACAGCUGUCAUCUGAGGUUAUGAAAAAGUAUCUCCUUUGACUCUCUGUCUUUUAUUCUUUCAUUCAGUACCUGACUCUGCAGCCAUGCCGAGUGAAAUGGAAUCAUGCAUCGAGUCCCUGAUCGUCAUUUUUCACCGCUAUGCUGUUCAGGAUGGUGACAUCAAGACCUUAAGCAAGAAGGAACUGAAAAAAUUGCUUGAUAAUGAGUUACCCGUCUUCACCAAAGUAAGUGUCUGUCAUAAUAUUCACUCUCUACUCUCACUGUUUCUACAAAACUACAUACUCUAAUUUGACUUUGCACUGUUAUCUGUCCUGCUUACACCAUUUCAGGCCCAGAACAACCCCAAACUUGUGGAUUACAUCAUGAAAGAUUUGGACCUUAACAAGGACGACAAGUUAGACUUUCAGGAGUUCAUCCCUCUGUUCACCGGCCUCUCCAUGAAUUGUGAGAAGAUCUACAAUAUGAAGCAAAAGAAGUGCAAGAGUAAAGACCAGGGGAAACAAUGAAGGCGAAUUGUUAAUGAAAAGCCUUUGUGGCACUAUAUGUGUGAGAUUCCCAAUUAAAGAGUACCUUUGAACAAACUUAA